AUGGAUCUGAAGGUGACAGACUACCAUGUGAAGUGUUCAGUGGUGUCCCGCUAUGCUGUUACUACGGUCCAGAGCUCAGUGUGGAACCAGCUCCCGAUCAUUAAGGAGGCGGCCUUUGAGGUGGACCUGCCCUCCUCUGCUUUCAUCUCCAACUUCACCAUCACCUCCAAUGGCAAGGUGUACGUGGCCCAGGUGAAGGAAAGAGCUGCUGCCAGGAAAAUUUACGACGCUGCUAAGAAGCAAGGAAAAACAGCCGGACUUGUCGCUACAAAAGAGCGGGAAAUUGAGAAGUUUCGUGUAGCAGUGAGUGUGCCAUCAGGAGCUUGGAUGUCCUUCUGCCUGUCCUAUGAGGAGCUGCUACCUCGUCGACUCGGCCGCUACGAGCUCAGUUUAGGUUUGAGGCCUGGACAGCUUGUGCAGAACCUCACAUUAGAUGUUGAUGUAACAGAGAGGACGGGCAUUAGUUUUAUUAAAGUUCUUCCUCUCAAGACAAGCCGAUUGCUCUCCAACAUUGCUCAAGGAGAUACAGAGGCUCCUUCUUCCACUCGUGUUGAGAGGAGUGCUGGAUGUGCUCGAGUUCACUACAGUCCGACUCUACAGCAGCAGAACAGUAUUUCUUCCAAGGGUCUUAAUGCAGACUUCAUUAUUCAGUAUGACGUGGACCUCAGAGACCUCAUGGGUGACGUCCAGGUGUAUGAUGGCUACUUUGUGCAUUACUUUGCACCCAGAGGACUUCCUGUGGUUCCUAAGGAUGUUAUAUUUGUCAUUGAUGUCAGUGGCUCAAUGAUAGGCACCAAGAUAAAGCAGACCAAACAGGCCAUGAGCACCAUCCUUGGGGACCUUAGAGAAGGAGACCACUUCAACAUCAUUACCUUCUCAGACAAGGUUCACACUUGGAAGAAAGGUCGAACAGUGCGAGCAACUCGACAGAAUGUACGAGAUGCCAAAGAGUUUGUCAAGAGGAUUAUUGCAGAAGGAUGGACCAAUAUCAAUGCAGCUCUGCUGUUGGCUGCCCAACUUGUCAACUCUCCAUCCUCUGGAUCUUCCAGCCGCCUCUCAUCCCAUCGUGUCCCUCUGGUAAUUUUCCUUACUGAUGGGGAAGCAACCAUUGGAGUAACGUCUGGUGACACCAUCCUCAGUAACGCCAAGAGGGCUUUGGGCUCAGCCUCUCUGUUUGGCCUCGCUUUUGGAGAUGAUGCAGACUUCCUUCUUUUGAAACGCCUGGCACUGGAUAACCGAGGUGUAGCCAGGAUGGUGUACGAGGACGCAGAUGCAGCCUUACAGCUGAAGGGCUUCUAUGAUGAAGUAGCCAGCCCUUUGCUGUCAGACAUCCAGCUGUCUUACUUGGAUGAUCAGGCAUUUGACAUCACUCGCUCCCUGUUCCCCAACUACUUUCAAGGCUCUGAGUUGGUUGUGGCUGGCAGGGUUAAAGCAGGGGUCAAAGAUUUAAAGGUGUCAGUUUCAGCUACUGAUUCAAAACAGCGCAUGAAGGUGGAGAAUAAUGUGCUCAUUUCCCAUGCAAAGGGUAAUGGGAGUACAGAUUCACUAGACUGUUCUGGAGGUUUAGAAGGGAUCUCCAGCUUUGUGCAUCGUCUCUGGGCGUAUUUCACCAUCAAAGAGCUGCUACUGGCCAAACUGAAUACUACAGACCCUGCAACUCAAAGGCUACUGGCAGACAAAGCUACCAACCUCUCUCUCAAAUAUAACUUUGUAACACCGGUCACUUCUUUAGUCGUAGUUAAGCCAGAUGCAGAUGAAGCAGCUCCAACUCCAACCACGGCUACAGCCACUACUGCUGCGACGAUAACCACAACAGCAACGACGACAGCUACCACCAAAAUACCAGCUGCAGGUGCUGCAAAGAAGCCAAGCUCACCAUCUAACCCCAGGUCUAGAAAAACAAAGCCAGACCGGCCUCAGCCACCUCCAAAUACCCUCCAGCCUAAAAAACCUUCAUCGCCAACUUUCACAGCAAAAACUGUGGCUUCACUGUCCAAGAAAUCUACUACAACCUCAAGUCCCAACUCAAACAAAUCUGGCCCAGCACCAAUCUCUGCUAAAAAGCUCACUCCUUCCCACAAUGACUCCAAAACUGCCUCUCCUCCUCCAGCUGGAAAAAUAUCCACUUCUCUGCUUAAUGUUCUGAAAACGGCUUCCCCUCCUGCACCUGGAAAAGUCUCCACACCCAUACCCAACACCAUGAAAACAACAAUCACCACAAUGCCAACAUUUACCACUAGCACCUCACAGCCACUCAGCUCCAUCAGAACUGAGUCUGUUACAUUUACCCAGCAGCCCAGCACAGUGAGGUCAGCUCCUCCUCCUGUCAAAGUGACUGAUUCGUCCACAGAGGCAGACAACAGAACCACAUCUGCUGCACAUGUUCAUCAGCCUGAAAUCACCACCUCCCCACCCGAGCUGCCGUCUACGCUCACUUCUCCCACCCCGGCCCCGGCUCCAGCUGUGGAGGGCAACAACACAAACUCAGAUGUCGAAACAGACCAGAGCAUCGCCACCCUUGUGUCUGCUACCUUUGCCCCUAUGCCUGGGGUAACAGAUGGGCCACGACUGUGGGAGGCAGCAGGCCUUCUGGAUGUCUCUACUUCCAUUCAAAUUCAGAGAAAAGAUAUUGAUCUUGUGAAAGACUAUGAUGCAAUUUAUGACUAUGAUGCAACUUAUGACUAUGACGACAACCUCAGCUAUGAUGCCUGGGAUGAGAAUGCAGACACUGAGUCAUUUGGUGGUGAGUAUUUAGAGGGUUUAUGUCUUAAAUAUCAUGGAAUUCAUUGUAGAGAUGCUGCUUGCAAUAUAUGCUUAGUCCUGUUGUUGGUUUCAGUGCUUGGGAGUGAGGAGGACUGUCCUUUAGUUGAAUGUCUUGUGCUUUUAGAACCUCCAUCCAGACUGAGCACCAUCGGGGUUUUCUCCUCUUCAGUUGAUGGAGAUCCUCAUUUUGUGGUUCAACUACCAAAGCUGCAUCAGAACCUGUGUUUCACAGUAGACGGCAGGGCUAAUGACGUUCUCAGGCUGUUGGAAGACCCAGAGAGAGGGAUCAUUGUGGACGGCCGCCUAACAGGGGCUCCCUCCAAGCACGGUGCCGAAGACCGUUCACGAACUUACUUUGACCAGCUCACCAUCUCCUCAGCCACAGGCAUCUCUGGUGACAUCAUGAUCACUUUGUCAUUGGACGCGGUCGUGGUGGAGGGGGAAGGACAAGAUACCAUUCCCAUCAAUCAGCAGGGGUCGGUGACAAGGCAGGGCGUCACGGUUACCGUUGACAACCAUCGGAGCUGCUGGAUUGAGCUGGUCAAAGGGGUUCGGUUCCUGGUCCUGUUCCACUACUAUAAACAUCCCAGCUACCUGCAGAUGGCUCAUCUAGGAUUUUAUGUCACAGAUGGACGGGGGCUUUCUGACUCAACCCAAGGCCUACUGGGCCAGUUUCAGCAUGCUGACAUGAGUGUGUCAGUGGUGAAGGACCAUCUGGACGGAGGAGCUCACCGCGCAAACAAGGACGACAUUUUAGCCAGAGGGAUCCUAAAGUGGGGAUCAGAGCACAUGCCAGUCACCUUGCAAGACAAGACGCUGAAGGACUCUGUGCGAAAACGCCACCUAGGCAAGUGUUGGGUGGUGCCCAAGGCAGAGGUACAGAGACUUCUGGGUCAUUCAUAUGAGAGCUACGUGGUGAAUCAUGCGUAACUCUAGCUGAGUCAGCUCCACCUUGUUGUCUCUCUGCCGCAUGGCUCAGGUCACAGCAGUUAUCAUGGCUAUCAGACAAAGGAUGAACCAAAACUGGGACCCAACAGGGCUAAAAUGAUACGUUGCCACAGUUGCUGAAUGAGAUUCUGUAAGGAACACGGAUGUGGUUACAAAAGAGGGUGUGACAGAUUAGAGACUGCAGCGAGACAGAAAGCUGGAUAUGAAGGAAUAAUGAUGUGUGGUUGUACAAACAUAGUGAAGGACUGAAUGGUGCCUCUGUUUCUUCUCCAUCACUGAAUUUGAACUGGAUUCAAGCUCUGUGUUGUGUAUCUAUGACAGAGAAGCAAUGUUCUCCUGGUCGCAUAGCAACUACAAAAUGUUCAUUUGUGCUGCAGCAGUUUGCGCUUGCUCCAGAAUGUCUCAAACACUAACUCUGUUCACAAGUUAUCAGAUUCUUCUUAUAUUCCAUCAUGGGGUGAUUAUUAGUCAAAGCCUUCUCUUUCAGAAUCAUUUGUAAUUAAUAAAAACUGUAUCAUUUUGUAAGGUGUAUUUUUUAGUACAGUGUAUAUAAAAUAGUAUUGUAUGUAUGUAUGGAUAAUCUUCCCACUACUACUACUCACCUGGGAAAUCAUGAUUACAUCUUCAAACAGAAACACAUAUCCAGGUUUGCCAUGUGCUUUUUAUUUUUCUAUCAUUUCAUUCAUAGUUUAAUUCAUUUUAUUUGUUACACAAGACAUUAGGCAUUGUUCACAUACUAGUGAUCAAACAAGGACAGUAAGUUUUCUACUACUCAGCCUGAACUAUUUCUUUUGUCAAUUUCAAGGGAUAUUGUCAAUAGUGGUUUUCAAAGGCCAUACUGGAUGGAAAUUAAAACAGUACAACCACACAUGAG